AUGACAGGACAAAAACUUGACCUAAGAAGCCUGUCGAUCCCGUGUAUCAAUCCGGGAAUCGGCGUAUCCGUAGCACCGUAUCCACGCCUUCCUUCAACCAGAAUUUCGUACCUUCCUCUCAAAUUCCCCUAUCUACUCGCAUUAUCAAUCUUGUCCCUGCCAGAUCCAAAUACAUCCUUUGAGUGUAGUGUGACAGAUGAGGUUAGUGGACGAACCUGCAAUGCUCAGGUCGCAUUUGCUAAUUUGAAGCACCUAUGGCGUCAGGGGGGAUAUCCGCUGCAGUACGGACUGCUCUGUUGUUUGGCUGAUACCUGGCCUGUUUGGGAAGCAGAAACAGGGCGUUUUCAGGUGCUUGACAACGCUUGUCUGAAAGCCGUAGGUCGCGUGGUUUGGUGUCUGCAAAUCCAUCAGGUGGCAGUUACAUAG